AGCCUGGGCGCUGAUGCUGAUUCAGGAUGCUGCGGGUGAAGAGGGACGGAGGCUGAUGUGAAAAUGCUGCAGCGUCGAGCAGGACAGAAUGCUCCUCCGUGUUCCUCAAACCUCUCGCUCUGAAACGCUCCUGCAGCCACACAAGAGCAGGUGAAUGGCAGGAUUGUGUGAAGAUCUGGCCGGCUGAUGCAGUGUGUAGGAGUCGACUGUGACGAAAACAUGAACGGUGCAGGAGAGCAGGUGGACAUCCUGCCCCAAAACUGCAUGGUCAAAGAGCGCUGGAAAGUGUUAAAGAAGAUUGGAGGCGGGGGAUUCGGGGAGAUCUAUGAAGCGUUGGACUUGUUGACCAGGGAGAGCGUGGCUCUGAAAGUGGAGUCGGCGCAGCAGCCCAAACAAGUGCUGAAGAUGGAGGUGGCGGUGCUGAAGAAACUACAGGGGAAAAACCAUGUGUGUAAGUUUAUCGGCUGUGGCAGAAACGAGAAGUUCAAUUAUGUGGUCAUGCAGCUACAGGGGAGGAACCUUGCUGAUUUGAGACGCAGCCAGCCUCGUGGAACGUUCUCCAUGAGUACCACACUGCGUUUAGGGAAACAGAUUCUGGAGGCCAUCGAGGCCAUUCACUCUGUCGGCUUCCUGCACCGAGACAUCAAACCUUCGAACUUCGCCAUGGGUCGGCUGCCGUCCACCUACAGGAAGUGCUACAUGCUGGACUUUGGCCUCGCUCGUCAGUACACCAACACUACCGGAGAAGUGCGGCCUCCGAGAACGGUGGCGGGAUUUCGGGGAACGGUGCGGUACGCUUCAGUCAACGCUCACAAGAACAAAGAAAUGGGACGUCAUGAUGAUCUGUGGUCGUUGUUCUACAUGCUGGUGGAGUUUACUGUGGGACAGUUACCGUGGAGAAAGAUCAAAGACAAGGAGCAGGUUGGUCAGAUUAAAGAGCGUUACGAACACAAGAUGCUGCUGAAACACAUGCCGUCUGAGUUUUAUAUUUUUCUGGACCAUGUGUUCGGCCUGGAUUAUUACACCAAACCUGAUUACCAGUUGUUGAUGUCGGUGUUUGAGAACAGUAUGAAGGAGAGAGUAAUUACAGAAAACGAGCCGUUUGAUUGGGAGAAAUCGGGAACUGAUUUGUCGUCGAACAGCAUGGCCACGCCUCCUCAACAGAACACACGGCAAACUGCAGCGAUAGUCGGCGUGGUGAACGUGACUCCGGUUCCUGGCGAGUUACCGAGGGAGAACACGGACGACGUGCUUCAGGAUGAGCACCUGAGCGAUCAGGAGAACGCCCCACCCGUUCCGUUACCCAUAAGGCCAGGCGAGGUGGCUCUGGUGCCCCCUGGUGGAGAGGUGUGGGAAGACACUGACUUCAAUCGCAACAAACUCAGGAUCAGCAUCAGUAAGACCCAGGUAACUGCAGAGGAGGAGGAGCAAGUGGAAGGGGCGGAGCCGGUUUCCCAGAGACCCGGCGACCCAGAAUCCCCCGGGGCUCAAGUACGACCCCUCAGGUACCGACGAAUCAACAGCCCCGAAUCUGAUCACCUGACCGGAGCAGAUGGAAGAGCAGAUGGCUAUGACAGACGUUCCCGGAUGGACAUGCUCGGCUCUCCGUCUCGCCUCGCCCUGUCGUCUCAGCCGGCUCAGAUGUUCUCGGUGGACGGCGGUCACGAGGCUCACAGUAACGCCUUCAUCCGCUCCGUGCCACUGGCUGAGGAAGAAGACUUCAACAGCCGCGAGUGGGUGAUGAUCGACAAGGAGGCGGAGCUUCGCGACUUCCAGCCAACUACAUCAGGAACCACGGACGACGAGCCAGAGGAGCUCCGCCCCCUGGAGGAGCCUGAGGAAAUGAGGAGGAGGAGGGGGGAACGAGGGAACGAGGUCGUGGUUCGGCCCAAAACGCAGCGUGGGGCAACGGGAUUGGCUGUAGCAGAGGAGGGGGCAGGGCCGAGUCACCGCAGGAGGGAGUCAGAGUUGUUGGGGCCACACAUACAGGAGCCUCUGGAUGUGGCGUCUAAGGUAAAGCGAGUGGAUUUCUUGUCCACGGUCCUGAUGUUUGACGCUCAGAGAGAAACUUCACCACGUUCAGGGAGUGAUGGAAGCCCAGAAGGUGCCGCCUCCACUCUGCUGGCUCCGCCUCCUCGUGACCAAGACCAGGAAGAAGCGUCCCGUACGCUGGUGCUGGUGUCUGCUGGUAACGGGGCCGUUUCCCCCGGCGACGGUCAGGGCACGUUGGGGGCGGUGACACCGCAGGCUCCCGAUGAAUCAGAGCGCGGGACUCUUGCGUUCAUGUUCAGGCCUGCUGCUAUGGUAACAGGUGCCGUGGCGACAGCUGGACGCUCCUCAUCACCUCCACUGGCAAAGGUGGAGCGAACAUUCGUGCACAUCGCCGAGACAUCACACCGCAUCGUCAUGACGACAGGGAAACAGCUGCCUGAGUCAGAGAGACACUACAGAAGGGACGAGGAAGAGGAGGAAGCGGUGGAGGAGAGGAAGGAUAGAAGCAUGGGAGAAGAAAAAGGAAGCAGCAAGGAGGAGAUCAUCUGGGAAAGAGCUGAGAGCCAGGUAGAAAACGGUGAAGAGAAAAAGGAAGAGCAGGAAGUGGAGGAGGAAGUGAAAGAGGUUGAGGAAGAGAGGGAAAAAGCGGAAGAUAAGGAAAAAGAGAUGUGGCCUCAGAGGGAGAAGAUGAUUGAUCUCAAUGAGAAGGAACAAGAGAGUGAAGGUCAGAAGGAUGGAGAGAUUGAAAAAGAAAAAUGCAGUCCUACCGAGGAGGCGGAGCCAGAGCCAUCAGCUGAGUCAGGUGACCAGCAAGGACGUGUAGAAAUCAUAGAGAUCGGAGAGAAACCUGAAGAGGUUCCAGUGGAACAGGAACAGAACCGAGAAGAAGCAGGGCCUGUUCUUGUCACCAAAAUAAGGAAAGAGGAGGAGCCAGACCAGGAAGUUACAUCACCACCGCCUCGUCCACGAAGGCGGAGUCGAAUCCCGUUGCUCAUUUCAGAAGAGGAAACCGGUUCGGACCGGUCAUCGCAAACCAGUCCGAACCAGCAGGUCCGUAAAAACCGAUGCCCACACCUGGCCCGACUCGUUCUGGAGCGAAAACGAUCCGCCCAAUCAACAACCGCCUCCGAGGACGACACCCACCAAUCAGACGACUCGGCUAGGGCAAGGGGAGCGGACGGACCAUUGAGGAGCCGGAUUCCACGACCAGUCACGCCCAUUAAGAAACCUUCUGUCCAAUCAGGGAGUGGGGCGGUGCUUCAGACUCAGAGAUCUGCCUCCUUCAUUCAGGCCAGUUCUGUUAGCUCCAGGAUGCAGAAGUCAGCAAGUGCUCACUCAAGUAUCCAUCAGCAGAAACCCCGCCCACAGCUCCGCCCCUCCAAAACACUCCCACCCCGCCCCUUGACCCCGGCCCCUACCGCCCACAGACCCUGGGCUUCAGGCCCCGCUCCCUCGUCUGCUACUCGGACAGCUCAACGUGCCAUCUCCCGACCCGGUGCUCCUCCUGUUCUCCGCAGCGUUAGCUCCGCCCCUCGCAGUAACUCCGCCUCGCGUGCGGAGAGCCCCUCCCCACAGCGCUUCCGUCAUGCUGAGACACGCCCUCUUUCAACAACACAACCCAAAUCCAAAGCCCUGGACUCCGCCUACAAAAAGGGCAAAGCUUACCCAACGGCGGCGCAGAAAGGGAAGAGGGAGUCAUGUGACCCGAAAUAUAAAAGCAGAUAAUUACUGUAAAUGUAAAUCCUCGAGCAUUUCAGCUUCUAAUCCGUCACACUGUCCUCCUCCUCGUCCUCCGUCCGACACUCACACAGCUACGAUAAUCACUCGCACAGGCACCUGUACAGUCCGAUCUCAAAGUCUGAGUCUAAACUUACACAGGCACCUGUGCAGUCUGAUCUCAAAGUCUGAGUCUAAACUCGCACAGGCACCUGUGCAGUCUGAUCUCAAAGUCUGAGUCUAACGCUAACCAUGCUUUCUUCACUUUCUGUUCUAACAGCAGACAACAUCACAACACAGACUCACAGCAGUCCAGAUGUGAUUUACAGAAAUCCAGAUGCAGAUAUACAUUUCUAGAGCUGUAGAUCUGUGUAUUCAGAGUCGAGCGCAACUUCAUGAAACCACGAGACACUAAACGGGGGUGAGGAAAUGGUGAUGUGUGUGACAUGUAGGAGAUUUGAUCAGGCUUUUAAUUCACUAUGUUGAUUUGUGUAAGAAUAAAAUGAAGUCAGUGUGUGUGUUAAUCCGAUGUGCUCUGCUGUAACGAAAACUCAGGGUGUGAAGGAUAAUCUGACCCAGCGCUACACUCAUCUGCUACGCUUACAGAGAAACUUUACCUUCAUUCAUCACUUUAUACACAAACAUACAUAUUCACUCCUCCAGAUAAACCCCGCCCCUGGUUACCAUGUUUCAGCGUGACAUGUUGUAGUUAUAUUAAACAGUCAGAUGGUGGCGCUGGACUUAACGCUGCUCCUCACUCCAGCCGAAACACGUGCUCAAGCUCAGAAUCGAGCUUAACUGAGACACGCCUCUGUUUUAGAUAAACUCCACCCCCUUCCUCUCGGGUAACUUCUGAAUAGUGCUUAAGUCAGUAGUGACGCCUGAGUCCUGAGUCCUGAGUCCUGACGUGUCACUUCAGGAUUAAAUCCACACUGAGUGCCGAACGCCAUGAAGAACGGAAGUGAAUUAGAGUUUAGUAACUGAUGAAUGUUAGUGUUUGAGACUCAGACUUUUAGACCUGACUGUGUGUGAUACACACCUGUUUCUCACUAAACACAACACACACAUUCAUGUUUCAGCUGUUUAAAUACCUCUGAACAAGACACAGACACACACACACACACACACACACACACACGACAUGCUGUUCUGAUGAAGUGGAUCAGAAAGUAUAACACACCUCACCUGCCUUAACAAAGCCUGCAGAGAGAUACGGUCUCUCAACACACACACACACACACACACACACACACACACACACACACAGGAGUGUUAAUAUACAUGUUUAUAGAAUAAUGCAGGAGUUUAUAUGAACAGUGUACUUUAGGAUUAUGUGACGUUAUACAGGACAUGAGACCGAAGUUUUUACAUUUGAGCUACGAUAAUAAUAAUAAUAAUAAUAACAACAACAACAAAACAACAACAACAACAAUAAUAAUAAUAAUAAUAAUAAUAAUAAUAAUAAUAAUAAUAAUAAUUUCUCAAGCACAAGUUUGUACAAAAUCAGUAAAAAGGACAAAAGAUGUUAUCCUGAACUCUUAACACUACAGCCUGUAGCGCGAUAACGGAAAUAAACAAGCACACUGACGCUCGCGGGUUCAGAACGCUUCUCCCAGGUUCUGUGGAUCAUUAAGGGUUCUUUGUUUCCUAGGAACCUUUUCUGAUGGAGAAGCCAUCUUUUAUAGGGUCCUGCAUGGAACCUUUUAGGGUUCCCCCUGAGGAACGAGCUGAAAUAUAAUCUGUGGUUCUAUAAUUAAAGUUUUUUCUAUAUACAACAAAAUAAAAAUAACAAAAAACAGAAUAAAGAGAGAAAAACAGUAAAGUUACACACAACACUACACCAAAUUAUUAUUAUUAUUAUUAUUAUUAUUAUUAUUAUUAUUAUUAUUAUUAUUAUUAUUAUUAUUACAGAAUGAGGGAAUUAUGCAGCUCUAUAAGUCCAGUUAUUUAAGUGUAAGCGUAUAAACAGCAGAACAGGUACAGAACAAGUUCAGUACAGGUGCAGUAGAGGACUCCCGUAAGGAUCGUGUACCAGCCUGAGAAGAGUUUUUGUGAAGGAUAUCACUUUAUCUUCAGUGAGAAUAUUUAUCUGGAGUAUUAGAUUAUAUUUAUUAUUCAGUCUUUACUAACUGCACUUUAAUACACUGUCGAACAGGAGAGUGAAUGUUUCAUUUUAACUGAAGUGCAGGGGGUGCGUUUACAUACGACUCCGUUCCACUUUCUUUUCUGAUUCCGUACUGAAACCCGUCUCUUAUAGUUUCCUUCAAAAUCUACCGAAGCACUUCACGGUUGAACCCUUUCACACAAAAAUCACAUACUGUAAAUAUGAUAAAGUAUAAAUGUUAUUAAAUCAAUCCUAACAACAACAAAAAACAGGCAAGUCUCUUUAUAUUUAAAAUAUUCAGUUCCAAAAAUGUAUUUCUUUUCCAAAUCCGAUUCCAGGCGCAGCUGUUUGUCACCGGAUCCGAUAUCCCAUACGCUUUCAUUCAGUUCUCACUGCUGUUUUUGUUGGUACUGAUUAGACUGAUACUGAGUAUUGACUGAGUAUCGGAUCAGAACCAUCUCUACAUUACACUGUUAUAAAUGUCACAAAUAAUGAUUUAAUGCCCCUAAACACCGGGGUUCACAAACUUUUGGCCAAAUGGCCCCACAUGGAUGUUUUGGCUUCUCGUUAUUUAUCACCGCGCUUGUACAUCCAUAUUCAGUAAAUAUUUCAGAACUGAGUCCCUCGAUGUAGAUGAGGAAGUAGCGGAGGCGGAAAUCUGUGGGUUUUAUUGCUGAACUCCGGCGUUAGUGCGGCGCGUUGAGAAAAACACUUUAACGUCCCCCGACACUCUGCAUUUCAAUUCCUCUUUUCAUCUCAGUGCGACUCGCAGAAACAGUUCACAAUACUAACGCGAUAUUAACACGCAAAAUCUGUCUUCAUGUUCAGAGCAGAGAUUUUAUCUCACGACCCUGUUUAUAAAUCAAGUGACCCCACCUGAGGUCAUGACCCCUAGUCUGAACUUUCCCCGUGUAAAUACUGAUGUAACUAAAGUAGUGAUCACACUAGCAGUUAUAACACUGUUAUGAAGCUCUAUGUACACCUUCUACACCUUUAAUGUGAAUGUGCUGUAAUAAAAACUAAACUAUCUAAAUAAUAAAAUAUAAAUAAAUAAAAUAUCUAAAUAAAGUGUUAACAAAAAACAACAACAACAACAACAACAACAAGCUCCAUCAGUCACUGAGUAAUGACAACCGAUUACACGUAAAGCCUCGAGGUGUGACAUAAAGCUUCAUAAACUCUGCAGCGCCGCUUUAUAAGCAGUUGACGCAGUGCUUAUGUACAGUAUGUUAUAAAGGCCUUUCAAAUAAUGUGUUGCAAAAAAACUUAUUUUUUUAAUAGAUUUUUUCGAUCUCAUGUAAACAAGCUGCUCAUGAACACUCCUGCAUCAUUCUAUAAACACGUCAUAUACACGUUAUACAGCUUUAUAUAUCCAACAUCAAUAGUUCUAUUUUCAUCAGUUUCACUCAGUGUCCGUACCUCAACCUGCGUUCAGGGACUCUUAAUACACACACACACACACACACACACACACACACACACACACACACACACACUCCCUACAGCCUGAUGUGCAUUUAAACUGAAACCCUGAUAUCGAGGCUCUUCAAAUGUUUGACCUUCAUUCAGUCAGACAGAUUUUCAGAAUAAUCUCUCAGUUCUACGUUUCUGAAAUGAUGCAGCGUGAAUUCAGAACCGGAACAUUGAUCAACAAAAACAUGAGACGAUCUGUAGACUAGGCAUGUGCUGAUAUUGAAUAUUUACACGCGCUCUUUAACACAGGUUAUGAGAUUAUCGUGAUUUUAUAACACACACUGGACAGAAAGGAACUUCAGUAAGCUAACGUUAUAGAUUGUAUAAAUGUUACAUGAUAUUUGUUCAUAUUAAUAAUAAUUAUUAUUACGAGUUAAUAUCGUGGUAUACAGUAUAUAUAGUGUUCCUGAUUAUCAGCACAUGCCUACAUUAGUCAGUGUCCUCUUGAUCCCAAAUCUAUUACUCAUUACUUCCCUUAAUAAGUCUCCUUUAAGCCCCGCCCUUUAUCCAGAAAGCUUUAUCUUAUUGGCCUGCUUAUUAACGAGCCCCUCUCUCUGAUUGGUCGAUUGCUGUGACUGCCUCCUCCCCGAUGGCAUGCCUUUGGAAAUGCUCGUUCCGCUCUUUCUAUAAUCGUCUGUUGAAAAUAUGUAGAUAAUACACGCACUUUUCGAGACAAAUUUAUAUUUAUUUUUGUUUCCGAAAGGAAGAAACGGAUGUAAUAUAAAAAUAAGAAAAUAGUGUUCAUUUUUGUUGGUUUUUGUUUAAAAGUGCUCAUUAAACAUCAGUCAGAUAUUUGGGGUGAGUUUUAUCAGAAUAAAAACAUAGAAAUAAGGCUUGAAGAUAAGCAGCUGAAGGAGAUAAACACGAGGAAGUGCUACUGUUUUCCCUAAAAAACAUCGUUCUCUAUAGAACUUGAUAACGACUGGGAUAAUGGAAGCUGAAACGCCCGGUCUGUCGAUAUGAUGAUGAUAUUUCGAAGUUGGUGCUUGUUGUGUCAGUGAUACGAUGCAACACACGUGUCCUGGAAGCGAACAUCACGUUUCUUUGACGUUAUAUUAACUCCUGAGAAAGUGCUUAUACUUGGACGGUUCCCCGGGUUCUGCUGCAGAACAUUUGCAUGCUGUAGGACUUGACUGGAACACGGUGAAGAAUUCCAGAAUGUUCCAGAACGGGCGAGGAAAGACGUUCUCACUUUAAUGAUCUCCUUCACGUCUCCACCACAGAGGGAAUCCUGCAUGACCGUGAUGUUCAUCAUUAAACGCUUCUCUUAUUCCACCUUUCUGAUGAGUUUUCCCAGCGUUCCGCGAUGCCAAUCAAUAAACAGGAGCCACACCAGUGUUCUGAUGUUCGCCUCGUCUCUGUUUGCACCUACAUUCCUGUCAAACAAACACCAUACACGUCACAGUUCACGUGGAGUGAGUUCAGAUGUAAAACGUGACUGCUACGCUGCUCUUAGUAUUUCUGUGUUUGUUCCCAACGAUCAAACCCGUGAAGUGCUCUGAGAUAACAGUAACACUGAAUAAACCAGGUUCGAAAUCUCG